GGGUGCAAGCAUUGACCGACAGAUGGCCGCGAGCGUGAAUUCAGUGGACGCGUUUGAAAAGCUUUGAAUUAAAUCAUGAUUUCUGGGUCAUCGUUGAUUUUAUUUGCAGCUUUCAGUGUUAGUUUAUGUGAUGAUGGUCAUGAAAUGGAAGAGUUUUUAAAGAGAGAGUAUUCACUGUCCAAGCCUUACCAGGGUGUCGGUGUGUUAGGGUCGUCUCACUGGGAGCUGAUGGGAGAUGCUCUGGUCACCACUGAUUAUGUGCGUCUCACUCCAGACCAGCAGAGUAAACAGGGAGCUAUAUGGAGCCGAAUACCGUGUCACCUGAGGGACUGGGAGCUGCAGGUUCAUUUUAAGGUUCACGGUCAGGGGAAGAAGAAUCUGAACGGAGACGGUCUGGCCGUGUGGUACACUCAGGAGCGCAUGCAGAAAGGUCCAGUGUUUGGAAACCGGGAUUUCUUCACUGGACUCGGUGUGUUUGUGGACACGUACCCUAAUGAGGAGAAACUGCUGGAGGCGCAGAGGAAGAGGUACACCCCCCGCACACAGAGGAUCUUCCCGUAUGUUCUGGCGAUGGUGGGCAACGGCAGCAUCAGCUACGAUCACGAGCGUGACGGACGACCCACCGAACUCAGCGGCUGUAACGCAAUGAUACGAAACCUGAAACACGACAGCUUCCUGUUCAUCAGAUACGUGCGGCGCAGACUCACAAUCAUGCUGGAUAUUGACGGUCAGCAGGAGUGGAGGGAUUGUCUGGAUGUUCCUGGAGUUCGUCUGCCGCAGGGCUAUUACUUUGGUGCUUCGGCCGUCACUGGAGACCUGUCAGAUAACCACGACCUGAUCUCCAUGAAGUUGUACCAACUGACGGUCCUGCGCAGCAAGCAGGAGGACGAGGAGCAGCAGGAGGUUCUGGUUCCCAGCGUAGACAACAUAGAGCUGCUGAGACCUCUCACGGACGUGGAGGGCAUGAGCAGCGUGGCAGUCUUCUUCAGCGUUCUCUUCUCGAUGCUGGGGGUGUUUCUGCUCCUGGUCGUGGGGCUGGUUCUGUACGGACACUGGAAUGAAAGCAGGAGGAAGCGCUUCUACUGACUUCCUGUCUAGAGUUCACUGUCACUUCCUGUUCUCUGAGUGAAGGCUGUGAUCCGCUGAAGAU